GAUCCAUCCAAUUUCAUUGAAUAAAUUCCUAUAUGCUGCCAGUUUGUGCUUUUGGAAUGAUGAGCCAGACUUAGAUAUCUUGGUAGACCGACUUAUCGAUGCACAGAAUAUCCAAGAAAAGUUCGAAGCAAUCCCACAACUUUCACUUGAAGACAUAAAACAGGGGACACAAAACUUCAGUGAUGACAAGUGUGUUGGCAAGGGAAAAGACUGGAAGCUAUAUGAAGGAGAGUUUCCAGAUGCUAAGGCUGAUGGAUAUGCAACCGCUCUUGUUAAGCGGUGGGACAAAAAGUCUCGUGAAGCGAGUAAUGAAUUUUUGGCAGAGCGUAGAGUGCUUUCCCAGUAUAAGAGCGGAGACAAAAACAAUCAUGAUGUUUAUGCUAUUGUUUGUAUUGAGGGCUACUGUAAUGAAAUGAAUGAAAAGAUCAUUGUUUAUGAGCAUGGGUAUAACAGAAGUCUUGAUGAACAUCUGGACAAUGCUAGUUUUAGUUGGGUGAAACGCCUCAAAUUAUGCAUGGAUGUUGCACGGGUAUUGGAUUCAGUAAAUAUUGAUGGUAUUGUGCUGAAACAAAUCAAAAGUAGUCGCAUUCUAGUAAAUAGUGAUUGGGAUGGUAAAGUUUCUAAUUUGGAGUUGAGCCUGAUCAAGGUCCCAACAUGGAGAAAACAAGAGUUGGCAUAUUACUACGAAACCAAUGAAAUUCUUGCUGUUUUACUGGAGAUACUGUGUGGGAGAUUGGAUAGGGGCAAGAGUUAUUCCGAGCCUUUAUUGUAUUUGGCUGAAAGACACUUAGGUGAAAAAGAAAAUCUUGAUGAGUUGGUAUUUGAGGGGAUAAAGGAAAAGAUUGCUCCCGAAUCAUUGAAUCUAUUCACCGAGAUUGUCAAGAACUUCUUCAAUACGCCUGUAAGCCCAGGAAACGUGGGACAUGUACUUCAGGAUGCAUACUUGGAACAAAAAUACGUUGAAGAAAGCCCACAAAUUUCACUAAAAAUCGUAGAAUCAGCAACACAUAACUUUAGUGAUGAGAAGUGCAUUGGUGAGGGAAGAUACUGGAAGCUAUAUGAAGGAGAAUUUUUACAUGCCAAUGGUAAUGGACACACCACCGCGCUUGUGAAACGAUGGGAUAGCAAGUCAAGUGAAGGCCGAAAUCUAUUUUUCAAAGAGCUUAAAUUUCAUUUCUUGUGUAUAAAGAAUGAGAACGUUGUUGCUAUUGAAGGCUAUUGUAGUGAAAAGGGUGAAACAAUCAUUGUUUAUGAGCAUGCGUAUAACAGAAGCCUCAAUAAGGAUUUGGAUGACACUAGUUUAAGUUGGGCAAAACGCUUCAAUAUAGGCAUCGAUGUAGCAAGGGCAUUAUAUCCAACUAACCCGCCAGCGAUGAUAGAUAGAGACUUCAGAAGUGAUAGCAUUCUAAUAGAUUGUUAUUGGAAUGCUAAAGUUUCACUGGGCUAUGUUGACCCACAGCGCCAAGAAUCAGGUUUGUAUAAUAGUGUAUAUUCACUUGGUGUGGUUUUAUUGGAGAUGUUGUGCGGGAGAUUGGCGUGGCCAGAGGGAUGUGAAGAUCAUUCUCAGUCUUUAGUUCCUUUGGUUCAAAGACACUACAAGGAUAAAGGGAAUAUUGAUGAGUUGGUGUUUGAGGGUCUCAAGGAGCAGAUUGUUCCAGAAUCAUUAAUUGCAUAUCAGGAGGUUGCCCUGCAAUGCAUAUCAGAGACAGAGGAGGGGAAGUCGGUCGUAGAAGAGAUGAUAGAACGGCUUAAGAAUGCUCUAGAUGCACAAGUAGAAUAUGAGAUUUGGGGCAACAAAGUGCCGAAAGAGUAUAAAGAGUUGAAGGAAUACAUUCUGUGGUCAAGAACUCCUACCGAAGUGAAAGAGGAUUUAUAUGACAUUCUCACUAAUGGAAUCCUCCUUCAACAAGGCACAGUGUGGUUUACGCUUGGCGCCAAUGGAGAAAGAACUGAAAUGAUAUCAGCAAUGACAUUUUCAUACAAAAACCGUUCAUCACGCAAAUGGCAAUCGAUUCCAAAAUCAAGGUUUAAGAAAGUAGCGCAAAUAUUGGAUAUUUCUAAUUUGAAGAUCCAAAUCAGGAUAAAAACUCAAUUUUUAACUCCAGGCAUCAAAUAUGGGGUUUAUCUAGUCUUCAAGUUUUAUCGAUCAAGAAAUUUUCGAGCAAGGGAGUAUGUAAACCUAAGUUACAAAAUGGGGAAAUACAAUUUACAUUCGUAUUUCGCUACACAGAGGGAUGAUGAAUGGAUGAUGAUUGAAUUGCUUCGAUUCUCAAAUGACAAGAAAGAUGUUGACUUUGAUGCUAUUUUGAAGAGCUUUUCACGAUGCUAUUGUGGAACUAACGUCAUCUAUGUUGAAGGCAUCGAGUUUCGAUCCAUAAACAAUGUUAAUUAUGGAGAAAUUGGGAAGUCAAAACAUGCCCAACAAAUUUUGAAAUCAUCCUCGAACAUUGACGAGAUGUUCUGCAUAAAUGAGAUGAACAGAAAGAAACAUCUUAGGCUUUCACCAAUGGAAUUUUUAUACGAUUCAUGUAAUGCGAAGCCUUUUGAUUUUAAUCCUUCAUCCCUGUCAAGAUGCCAAGAGGUGGAGUUUUUACCACAACAAGUAUUUGGUAUCAAGUGCAAGAUUGAAAGUCGAAUGUUGUCACCAGAUACAGAUUAUAUGUGUUACCUCGUGUUCAAAUUUUCAGAAAAAUGUAAUGGCUUGCAUGGUCCAGUGAUGAUACGAGAUGUACUCAACUGGAAAAACAAAGAGACUAGAAUUCUUUAUUUUAGAUACCCGAGUCCAUGGAAUUUACAUGAUACUGAUUGGGUUCCCAAACAAAGGAAAGACGGAUGGAUGGAGGUGAUGGUGUGGAAAUUCAACUCAAAGUCCAAGCUAAGAAACGAUAAUGUUCCAAUGAAUCUAAAACUGAUAACUUAUGAUGGAACAAUGUGUGGCCUUAUAGUUUGCAGCCUUGAGAUUCGGCCCAACUAAGAGCAUGUAUUUGAAUAAUUCACUUAUGUUGUGUUCUUGGUAUUCGUUGUACGUUUCACUUUUGGGAGAAGGCUUUUUGAACUUGCAUUGUUACAAUUGAGUUACCUCAUAAACGUUUAUAUAUGUGUUGUACUUCAUUAUUGUCCUCGAUGAAAUCUGAAUUUAUAAUUUAAUAGCUUCUUGAA